CAGAAAGACAAAGUCCAUUUGGAUGCAAGUGGGAGCGGAGUGAGAGGGGCCAUUUUGACUUUCUAGUCAAAGGAAAUGACUGGUCUGACGGGGUCUGGGAGCCGGAGUACCCAGGUACGGCCGCCCACCCUGGGACUAGCAGGGUCUAAGGAUAACUCUGGGACCAUAACAGCCAUGAUUCUCACAGAUGACCCCAGAUUUCUGCAUUCUGGGCAAUGUCAGGUGCCACUGAACUUGAUCUGACACCCUUUCCUUAGAGGAUGGCCAAGGGGCUCUUGGUGACUUAUGCCCUCUGGGCUGUAGGGGGCCCUGCUGGGCUCCACCACCUAUACCUUGGGCGGGACAGUCAUGCACUGCUCUGGAUGCUUACCCUGGGAGGGGGUGGGCUCGGCUGGCUCUGGGAAUUCUGGAAGCUCCCAAGCUUUGUAGCUCAGGCCAACAGAACCGAGCGGCAGAGGCAGAGCUCCGGAGGGAGGACACCCCCUCUGAGUCUUAUUCGCUUUGUCGCCCAGAUGAUAGUGGGCAUCUAUUUUGGCCUGGUGGCUCUCAUUAGCCUUUCUUUCAUGGCCAACUUCUAUAUUGUGGGCCUCCCACUGGCAGUUGGCUUAGGGGUCUUGCUGGUGGCUGCUGUUGGCAACCAGACCUCAGACUUUAAGAAUACUCUAGGGGCAGCAUUUCUUACUUCCCCUCUCUUCUACGGCCGCCCCAUAGCUAUCCUGCCCAUUAGCUUGGCUGCCAGCAUUACAGCCCAGAAGCAUCGCCGCUAUAAAGCUUCAGUUGGGUCAGAGACGCUUAGUGUUCGGCUCUAUCGUCUGGGCUUGGCUUACCUGGCUUUCACAGGCCCACUAGCCUACAGCGCCUUUUGCAACACAGCAGCCACCCUCAGCUAUGUGGCAGAAACCCUUGGCUCCUUCCUGAGUUGGUUCAGCUUCUUCCCCCUCCUUGGCCCCCUCACGGAGUCUGUCCUCCUUCUGCCUUACCGGGUCUGGAGGCUGCUGGUGGGGGAUCCUGGCUUCAGCAGCGGCUACUUCCAGGAGUGGGAGAAGCUCUAUGAGUUUGUUAGCAGUUUUCAGGAAGAGAAGCGUCAGCUGGCUUACCAGGUAAGGCUUUGUUCUCUCUCAUUCCUGGCUGGGACAGCUCUGGGAGUUAAGCUAAGCUUUAUUGGAAAUGAUGCCCCCUUCCGUGGAAGUACUGUUUUCAUGUCUGCUGGGCCGGGCCCUAGAAGAGUGUCCUGAUUUCUUUGGGCUUCUGUGUGCAAUGGGUGAAGGUACAGAGGCUCUAAUAGUGAGUGGGAAAAGGAUACAUAUAUGUUGUUUACUUUUUAUUGAGAUACAUAUAAAGUGUAUAAGUUUUAUGUAUACAUCUAUGUAACGACCACUCAAAUCAAAGUAUAGGAUAUAUCCAGCACUAAGAAGGUUCCCUUGCAUCCCUCUAUUCUGACUUCUGUUACCAUAGAUUAGUUUUGCCCAUUCUUGAA